UUGGUGUGUAGCCACCUUUAGGUGCGGAAGAAGAAGAGAGAAAAACAAGCAUAACCUAAAAUAAAUUUCAAAUAUCCACGUGUUUUGUUGUAUAUUGACCACGAUGUCCGAGCACGGGGAUACGCUAGUUAAAGAAAAAAAGAAGAAGAAAUGCAAAGUUGAUAAAUUGGGAGAGAUUCAGAAGGAGGGCGAUUUUAAAGUUGAACCGUCAGAGAAAGUCACCAAGCUUGAUACCUCUCAAUGGCCCUUGUUAUUAAAGCACUUUGACAGAUUGAACGUAAGAACCAACCACUAUGUACCUAUCCCUUCGGGGGCUUCACCCCUCAAACGGGACAUCUCGGAGUACGUUAAAUCCGGCUACAUCAACCUCGACAAGCCGAGCAACCCGAGCUCGCACGAGGUGGUCGCCUGGAUCAAGCGCAUCCUGAAGGUGGAAAAGACCGGCCACUCGGGCACCUUAGACCCGAAAGUCACGGGCAGCCUGAUCGUCUGCAUCGAGCGUGCUACGCGUCUCGUCAAGUCGCAGCAGGCGGCCGGCAAAGAGUACGUGGCCGUCUUUAAGUUGCACUCGCCGCCCGAAGGGGGCGUUUCCAACGUCAUUCAGGGCUUGGAGAAGCUCAAGGGGGCGCUGUUCCAAAGGCCGCCCUUGAUUUCCGCCGUGAAAAGGCAGCUGAGAGUCAGGACGGUCUACGAUAGCAAACUUUUCGAUUAUGACGAGGAGAGAAACAUGGGGGUGUUCUGGGUAAAAUGCGAGGCCGGCUCGUACAUCCGUACGAUGUGCGUGCACUUGGGCCUGGUUUUGGCCGUGGGCGGGCAGAUGUUGGAACUGAGGCGUGUCCGUUCGGGGCACACGUCCGAAAUGGACCAGAUCUCCACGAUGCACGACGUCCUGGACGCGCAGUGGAUGUACGAGAACCACAAAGACGAAACGUACCUGCGCAGAGUGGUCAGACCUCUGGAAGGUCUGCUCAUCAAGCACAAGCGUAUUAUUAUGAAAGAUAGUUCGGUUAACGCGGUCUGUUACGGCGCCAAAAUUUUGCUGCCCGGUAUUUUGCGCUACGAAGACAACAUAGAGUUGAACGAGGAGAUUGUAAUCGUAACCACAAAAGGCGAAGCUGUUGCGUUGGCUAUCGCUCAGAUGACCACGGCUACGAUCGCCAGCUGCGAUCACGGGGUUGUAGCAAAGAUUAAGCGGGUUAUCAUGGAGAGGGAUACUUAUCCGAGGAAAUGGGGGUUGGGGCAGAGGGCCAGCAAGAAAAAAAUGCUCAUCGCCAAAGGGCAGCUGGAUAAACACGGGAAACCCAACGAUCAGACGCCCAAGGAGUGGAUAAACAGCUAUGUGGAUUACGGAGUAAAAAAAGAGACAACAGAAGAACCAGAAGAGGAAGAGGAUACCAAAAAACGCAAACUAAGUGUGUCCACUGAAACCCCCACAGAUUCGGCUGAAGUUAGCCCAAAAGAAAAACAAAAGAAGAAAAAGAGGAAGAAGACUGAGGAGGAUGGUGAAGCUGAAGCUGAAGCUCCCUCUGAAGUCGCCGAAGAAACCCCUAAAAAAGAAAAGAAAAAGAAGAAGAAGAAGGACAAACAGAAAGAUGAAGAAGCCGAGUAAAUCCCUUCUAUUAAAUUGCGAAAUUUAAGAUUUUUAUUAUUUUUACACAUAUUUUUAUUCACUUUCUGUAUUGUACUGAAAGUUUCAUUCUUAUUCAUAUUUUCACUUAUGAAUAAACAUCAAUAAAUAAAUAAUUAAUUAAUAGUUAUAA